UGGGAAUUGAAGAAAAGGUCGGAAGAAAGGCUACUGUGGAGUCCAGACAAGAAAAAAAAAUUAAAAAUUCUGAAAAUAGGAGUUUUCUCUCACCAGUUCCUUUUUGUCCUCCAUUAAUGGAGGGAACUUCGUAAAAACUCUCUGUCUGUCUGUCUGUCUCUCUCUCUCUCUACUUCUUCUGGCGCCAUUUGCAGACUUCAUUUCCUUUCAAACUUGUCGACUCUCAACAACAACAAAAACAAAAACGACAACAGAAACGACAAUCUUCUUCUUCUCAUUCUUGGUCUUCCAUGGAGGAAAAGGAAAUCACCGUCUACGCUUCGCCCGUCAACUCGGAGACGGACUCGCCUCGGGCCAUCAGCAACGCCGCAGCGGCGGUUCCUCAGGCCGUGAGCGCCGCCGUCGGGCUAGGCAACGCUGGAAUGGCGGCUUUGGCGACGACGUCGUUUUCGGCGGCGGGAUCGGGGACGCCGGGUAACGUCGAUUCGUUGGGGAAGAAGAAGAGGGGGAGGCCGAGGAAAUACGACGCCGAUGGGAAUCUGAGGCUGUCGUACGCCAGAGUUACACCACCAGUAGUACAACAGCCCGGAACGACGCCGUUUUCUCUGUCGCCGGCUUCUCCGUCUGAGUUCUCUUCUUCUUCUUCUUCGAAAAGAGGGAGAGGUCGGCCUCCUGGGUCCGGUAACUGGCAGCUUCUCGCUUCUUUAGGGGAAUUGUUUGCAGCCACAGCCUGUGGAGACUUCACGCCUCAUGUCGUCACUGUUGCCUCUGGGGAGGAUGUUGCAGGCAAAAUUCUUUCCUUUGCUCAAAAGGGUCUCAGAGGAGUUUGCGUUCUGUCUGCCAAUGGGGCUGUUUCCAACGUCACCAUUCGCCAACCGGGCUCUUCUGGCGGCAUUCUGACAUAUGAGGGCCGGUUUGAGAUAUUGUCAUUAUCUGGGUCAUUCACUGUCAUUGAUGAUGCCGUAAGAACUCGGAUCGGUGGCUUGAGCGUCUCAUUAGCCGGGCCUGAUGGGCGUGUAAUUGGUGGUGGCAUUGCUGGUUUACUAACUGCUGCUAGUCCCAUCCAGAUUGUGGUGGGAAGCUUCAUGCCAAAUGGUUACAAGGUACACAAAAGGAAGCACCACAGAGAACACGCAUUGGCCUCUCCACCAACCUCAGCUGCCCUGGAUACACCAGCAGUAGCAACUCCGAUUUUGCAAGCAAAACGCGACGCCAUUGAGCCCGGCUUGACCCCAAUACCACCCGUCUUACCAGCACAAACACAAGUAGAACCCGAAAGGAACACCACUGCUGACAAAGAGAACCAGAAUGGCGCGUCGCAUUUUGCAGGUUGGAAUGGCUCCAAGGCCAGACCGGACCACGGCCAAUCACCUGACAUCAAUGUUUCUUUUUCUGGUGAAUAAAUGAAUACUCUUCUUCGACUAUUCAAGAGUAUUUGGAGGCUGACGUGAUUUAACUCGAGCUAAAACCAAUAGAUUUGGACUUUCUGCCGCUUUAAUACUGAGAGAUGGAUGAUGCGUUAACAAACUGUUUUAACAGUCCGGACACUGAGAUUACAACAAAUUGAUUUUUAGUUUUCGGACAAUAUAUACAUCUUUUUUAGUAGGAUAAUAAUAUAUGGAUUCGUCUCUAUGUUCUCCCUUAGCAUUCGGACAAAAUAACGGAAAACA